AAUUAUUUUUCCUUUACCAUGUAUAGAAUCAUAACUGAUUUAUUAAGCAGUCAUGGGUUGAUACUGUAACUCCCUUAUUUAAGCAUUCUUAAAUUUUUUUUUUCAAAUUCAAAAUGUUCAUUUCCCUCUCCUAGUAAUUUUCUCCAUUCUCUCACUACUUAAUUUCUCACCUUUUACUAUAAUUUCUUGAAAAGAAAAUUAAACAAAAAUGUCCACAAAUUGGCCAAUUACAAAAUUGAUUAGAUGGAGAAUUAAAGAUUGGAUUUCUUGUUUCUUGGCAUGCAGGUUUCCUCUAGAUAAUGAACAGCCUCAACAGCUACCAAUCAAGAACAUGGUUUAUGAAAACAAAAAAUUAUCAACGCAAAAUAAAAGCAGAAAAGAAAAACAUGAUUCAGUUCAUUUUCAAGAUGAGGAAUUUAUAGUUUUUUGCUUCAGAGAAGAUGGUGCAUUUGAUGUUGUUAAAGAUUACAAGUCGGAUUCUGCUAAUAAAAAUUCAAGAUCUGUUAAUAGAAAGCAGCUUAAUUAUGGUGAAGUUGUAGAAACAGUUAGAGAUGGCAGCAAUGGAAAAAGGUCAAUUGCAUAUGGAAUUGAUUCUUGCUUGAAAAAUGGGGAAGGGAUUAAUCUUGUUGAAGAGGGUGAGGAAGAACAAUGCAACAACCUGGAUAUAAAAUCACCAUCUGUUACCAGGACAAGAAGCUACCAACUAGAAGAAACCGAAAAUUGCAGGGCUUUAUCCGUAGAAUCGACAGAUUCUAACCAAUCAGAGAGCAGCACAGGAUCAUUUUCCUUUCCUGCAUUGCAUUGGGAGCUGAUGGGUAGUCCAGUACAAAUGCCAAGAACAGAGAGAAUCUGCACAAGGAAGCAUAAUAAGGUGUCUUGCGCUCGAUUUCAGUGCUGUAGAUUCUGAUAAUUGUCCAGGAAAUUGGGUUGAACAUAUUGUUAUUCACUUGCCAUUUAUUAACAAUAACAAUUUCAUAAUUAUUCAUUUCAA